UUCAAAAUCUCAUAAAGGUAGUGCUAAAGCAGUCAACAAAUUGACCAAAAAGGAAAUGAUUACAUAGAAGACUGUUUCACUGAAUUCACUUCUUAGAAUGACAUAAUUGAAGGUUGUGGCUGUUCCUCCCAAACAGGAUAUGGAGAGUGGCUGUGUGUUCCUUUAAGUAGAAUUGGAGCAUCCACAGUUUAACUAUAACGCACUAAGUACCGCAGCAAUUUCCUAAUGUUGUAAACCUGCUCAACAUUUGGCAAUAAAACCCUUUCUGAUUUCUGAUUUCUAAAUGGCAGAAAGAAACUUUUAACAUCACAUUCAUUCAACUAGGAGUGGUUGAUUCACCAGAAUAGGGAUAUCUAUAUCAGUGCAUUUAAAUCCAAAUCCAUUUUUGCACAAAUUUGCUUAGCCAAAACGGUUAUUGUACACAUUUAUUUCCUAAAAUUUAGGCCCAGUGGGGAAUGCAGAUUAACUUCUUUGAUUUCUUUGUUCUUUGGUUUGUCAUCUGUUUUACAACUGGAUAGUUUAUUAUGUACUCAAGCUUCUCUAAAUAGGUUAUGACCGUACAGUCAUUGGCUGUGACUCCCUGUGAUAUGUUUUACCGCUCCGCUUUGAUAGAUGGCAGCAGAUCUCUGGCUAGAGCUGCAAAUGGUACACUGAGGAAGAAGUGGGCGUGGGUUUGCUGGCACUACAGCGCCACUUUUGAGCGGUCGUUUAUGUUGUCAACAAUAACAGACCGCUGAAGUUGUCAAGCAACGUCGAGGAAAAGUCAUACAUCAGUCCCGCGACGGUAUAGUCUUUAGUUGGAUCAAAGAUGGCCCCGGACAGCGCUCAGAUUCGGCGGCAGGGUGCUCAGGACUUUAUGGCUUACUAUGAGUUUGCCUGUGCCAGGCAGGAAUCUGUCCCCCUUCCUGCAGUUAAAAUGAACCUCAACAAAGGGAUGCUGGACUUUAAUGGAGACAAGCUGAAGCUAACAGACUGGCCACCAGUUCUCAGCUCUAUAUCCAUUAACAAACACCUGCACCACAUAGCAAUAAGUAGCACAUACCAAGCUAGUUUGGCUUCUGGAGAGGCAGAUAGAAGAUAUCUUAAGUCUAGCUUCAGGAGGAAGAUUCCAGCUAUUCGCUCCAAGGAUAUGACAUUAAAGCUGUGCAAGGCCCUCAGAGAGUGCCUCACUGUCUCUCCCAACCUCAAGACGCUGCAGCUCAAUGGACUUCCACUGAGAGAAAGGGACCUCAUCACCCUGACAAAGGGUUUUGCAAAAAGCACUUCUUUGGAAAACCUAUCUCUGGUUAACUGUCCAAUCAGUGAUGAGGGCUUAGAGGUCAUUUGCCAAAGCGUUAAGUAUUCUGCUAACAUCAGGGCAGUGGAUUUUAGUGGAUGCAGUCUUACCUGGAGGGGGGCAGAGCACAUGGCCAAUAUUAUCAAGCAUCAGGGUAUGCAAAGACAUGGUACGGCGUGGGCGGAGUCUCUGAGGUAUCGACAGCCGCAGUUUGAGGGUAUGGGAGGUCUUCGCCGUGUCACACUUAACUGUAACACUUUAAUUGGGGACCGGGGUGCUGCGGCUCUUGCGAGUGAACUUGCUGAAGACCUCUGGGUUAAAGCUGUGGACCUGCAAAGAUGUGGUCUUUCCAACGAAGGCGCUCGUCGUUUGCUAGAAGCCUUGAAAACGAAUUCUUCUUUGUGUGUGCUGGAUAUCCGUGGUAACCCGUUAGUUGAUAAACUCCUAAUUAAAACUAUAAUAGAGAAAGUACUAAUGAAUGGUCAUGGACAGUCACCAGAGUAUUGCUGGAUCAAGCCUGCAGCGUCAGAACCACAGAGAGCUUCUGGUCCAAGGAGGAGAGCAUUACCCAGUACAGUCAGAGGGAAAGCUGCAUUUAGAAUAGCCACUCAUAAAGGACCAUCUCCUGGUGGACGGAGUUCAGCUGCUGCUCUGAAACCUAAGCCAUCACGCACCCCCCAUGUGCCUUGGCGUGCUGCUGCACGAGCUGGACGCCAAAGAGGUUUGCCUCCUGGAAUUACUGUAACAGACCAUAGCUUUCAGGGUGCAGCCACAGUGAAAGUUACCAUGGAGUCUGAUUCAGAGGCAGAGGAGGAUGAUGAAGAGGAAGUGGUGGAAGUGGAACCGAGACCAUCUUCUCUUAAUCGUCAGGACAGAUUCAUUUCGCGGAGGUUUGAACAAAUACAGAUGGAGCUAAACGAGUGCCGUAUGAGGCUCGGAGAAGAGCGGAGGGCCAGACUGAAGGCUGAGUCCAGGCUCAUGGAGUAUGAGCUGGAGAAUGCUCGCCUUCGAGAUGCCAAUCACUCCCUGUCAGAGGCACUUGCUGCCAGUGGCUCUGCAUUAGCACCACCGGCUUCCAGUGCUCUUGAAGAUGAGGCAAUUCUGGAGAGCAUUGAGACAUCAUUCACUAAGUUUCACGCUUUCCUGGAUUUGCUCAAAGAUGCUGGCUUAGGUCAGCUAGCUUCAAUGGCUGGAAUUGACAAGUCAGAUUUCCACCCUCUGGGAAGACCUCAGCUUUCCUCCACAAUAGAACCACUUUUGCAUGGUGCGGCAUCACCGCCUGGAGGGCGUUACAGGAUCGAUGCUCUGUCUUUGGUAGGAGGUGCCCCAUCUGCCUACCCCGUUGGAUUGUCUGACACCAGAUUGCACAAGUCUCCAUCCCCUACUAGAGCAGCCCUUCAUAAAGAAAGGUCACUUGAUGUAACUUUCACUCAGGCUUCUGCACCAGCAGCAAGUGGUGUAGUGGAUGUAGAAGAGGAAGCAAAUCAUUUUUCAAAGCCUGACACCCAGCACGACUCGGGCUCUGAACACAGUUUUUAUAGCCAAAAGUCCUUUGAUAAUAUUUCCUUUGGUAAAACUUCCCAGACUCGGCCAAGCCACCCCACGAGCAACAGCAACUCUCACAGAAACAACAGUUCCCAUGGAUACAGCUUCAGCAACAGCUACACUUACAACCGUGCUUCUCAUAGCAAUGGAUCUCGAGGUGGUUCGUCUGCAAGUGUUAGUGACAUUUUAAGUGACAAAGAGUCUGUAGGAUCAGUAGGGUCAAGGAACAGGGGAAAUGGAAGGCUGGUGACAGUAGGUCAGUCAGGAUCAGAAGGGUCAGAGAGGAAAGCCCCUUCUACGAGAGGCGCUCUAGAGCAGGUCAGAUCUCUGGAGAGUCUGGGGGUUCAGUCAGAUAAUGAAUCGUAACUAGGCGACCAUAAACUUUCUCCCUGUGUGUCAGUGCCUUUUCUUCUAUGUUUAGAUAUUCGCUGAGUUUAAAUUGUAGAUUUUUUUUUGUCACCUUUAUAAAUGUUUUGUUCUUUUUUUCUUUUUUUGCAUUUUCAGUCCAAAUCAUUUCAGUUUAGGGAAACAAAAUGUUUUUUGCAUGUAAAACCAAAAUAAAUAAGUGAUUUAAAAAAUUAGCCUUAUAUUAUUGUUUUUACAUUUUAGAUUUACAUUUACAUUCUUAUUGAAGUUUUUCAUAAAGUGCAGGGAAUCUGCAGUAGAACAGUUUCAUUCAGUGCGACAUUCUCAAAUCUGUAACUCUGUUUCUUCGAGUAUAAUCCUGAUUCUUGUAGCAAUCAAUCAAAUACUAGAAAGUUUACAAUUUCAAGACAUUGCAUGGGAGCUUAAAGCAAAGUGUCAUUCCUUGUUUCACAUGUGCUCUUACUUAUUUGUAGCUUUGGACAUUAAAGUUAUUUUUUUAAAUGACAGAUUUUUUAUAUUUAGAGGGGUUUUUUUUAAGGCUCUAUGAUAUAUAAUGGCACAAUUUAAUGUUCCUGUUAUUUUACUUUAAAUUUAGUUUAUAAUAAACUAUUUUGCAAUUUUACACCUAAUAAAGUGUUCUUAUCUUUAUUCUAAACUUGACAUUUAACAUUGUCAACAUGUGCUCAUACAUAAAAUGUUUGUUCAUCAUGUGCAAUGCAGAAAACUAAUAUUAAUAUUUAAUGACUUAGAGUUAGUGUGAUCUUCUAUCUGAUAUGAACCACAAGAACAGCUGCCUACUGAGUAAUGCAACCUUAACAUAACUUUUAUUCUCAUUGUCAGGAACCAUCUUUUUGAUAGGUUAUUUUUCAAAAUCCAACUUAAAGUGUCACAAGGGUAAGAAAAUUAAACAAAUCCCUGCUGGGAAAACAACUAAAGUACUUUUGAAAUAUUUUUUGUGUGAAUAUUUAAACUCCAGUUUUUGUUUUUGUUUUUUUUGGAGUCCUGACUCACUGUGAGCAAAGCGCGACUUUUGUGGGUCUGUAUUUUUUAGCUUGUGUAUUCGUUUGCCCCUGAUGUCACCCUGGCCUCUGUACUAUGUUCCUUCUGUUCCCUGUCAGAGUUAUCUGUAUUCUGUCUGUGGAUUUCCUGUUUUAUUUUGAAGGUUCAGAUCUUAUAUCAGUGUUUCUAGUUUCGCAUCCUCUGUCUCGUUAAGUCUAAUUUCUCCGGGAUGUUCCCACCUGUUCCUCGCUCCCUCGUGUUCCUGCCUGUGUACUUGUCCUGCAGUGUUCAGCGUCCCGUCGUACUCUCAGAUUGUGCCUGUGUGUUUCCGUUCUCAGCGUUCAUUGUUCAGUUCAUGUUUUGUUCAUCGCCAGCAAUAAAGCUGUAGUUCAGUUGCAAUUCAGUCUUCUCGAGUCCUGCAUUUGGAUCCUCACCUCCGCACGCCCGCACACAGAGUUCUGACACAUUAUCCUAACACGUAAGCACCAAACGUCAACCGAAAACAGAACCGAUCUCUGGAGAGGUGACAGAUUGUGCGUAAAGCUUCCA